CGCACAGACACGCCCCAAAUCUCCACCCUGGUUAAAUUAUAACCAUACUCUGUACACUAAUCAUGGUUGAUUAACCACAGUACAAUAAAUAAGUCCUUGCUCUAUCUAAUAUUUUCAGUACUUUCAGUGCAGCUUUGAGAUAGAGCUCCGUCUCAUCAUGGCUUCAUUCCACCAUUUCUUCGUUGUAUUGUCUUUGCUUGCAAUUUUCAACUCCGCCUUCGCCGCGGCGCCCGCCGCCCAUAACAUUACCAAAAUCCUUGAGGCUUACCCGGAAUACAGCGAGUUCAACAACUUACUGAUCCAAACAAAACUCGCCGACGAAAUCAAUAGCCGCGAACCCGUCACCGUUCUGGUUCUAAGCAACGGCGCCCUCUCUUCCAUCACCGGAAAGCAUCCACUUUCCGUCGUUAAGAAUGAAUUGGCACUACACGUAUUGUUAGAUUAUUUCGAUGCUGGAAAGCUACACAAGAUCUCCGAUGGUUCAACUCUAUCCACCACGUUAUACCAGACUACUGGAAAUGCCCCCGGAAACAUAGGGUUUGUCAACAUUACUGAUCUCAAGGGUGGUAAUGUCGGCUUCGGCUCUGGAGUUCCAGGCUCGACACUUGACUCCACCUACUCCAAAUCGGUUCAACAACAGCCUUACACUAUUUCCGUUCUCGAGAUCAGCGCGCCAAUUAAUGCGCCGGCGAUUUUAACUGCCCCGGCUCCCCCAGCGUCUGAUGUCAACAUUACUGGGUUACUUGAGAAAGCAGGGUGCAAGACAUUUGCAUCGCUUCUUCUUUCUUCAGGGGUUUUGAAAACCUAUCAGUCAGCUAUUGACAAGGGUUUGACGAUUUUUGCGCCAAACGAUGAGGCCUUCAAGGCGGCCAAAGUGCCAGAUCUGAACAAGCUCUCAAAUGCUGAAGUGGUGUCGCUCUUGCAGUAUCAUGCCCUUGCAACCUAUACUCCCAUCGGAACGUUGAAAACCACGAAGAGCUCGAUUUCUACUUUGGCUACCAACGGCGCCGGGAAGUAUGAUCUGAGUGUCACGACUGCAGGUGACUCAGUGAGCCUCGACACCGGAGUUGACACGUCCAGAAUCUCUUCCACAGUCCUUGACUCAACUCCGCUUUGCAUUUUCACCGUCGACAGCUUACUUCUUCCAACAGAGCUUUUCGGAAAGGCUCCGGCAUCGGCGCCGGGACCUGCACCAGAAAUAUCUCCCUCGCCUGCUGCCGAUGUUGAAGCUCCAGGCCCGGCCCUAGAAUCUGCAACCGCUCCUUCGCCGUUGUCAUCUCCAGCUCCUCCGACGAGCUCUCCUGUCGGAUCUCCUUCAAAAGGCCCCACCGCAGACUCACAGAAUAUUACUUCGGAAAAUGCAGCCGGCGCCUUGGAAACUCCGGCGUUGAUGAAGAUGCUGCUCACAGUGUCAGUUUCGGUAUUUGCCUCCAUAUUGAUGUUCUAAAUUGUUACUUUCAAGGUUUGUUUUAAUUUUAUUUUGUUAUCUUCUUUUCUGUCGUCUUUUUAUUUUGUAUUAUCCACGGGGUCAUGUUUUUGUGUGACUGCUUUCUAGGAAGGAUUUUAAAUCAUUUUUUUAAUAUUGUGUUCUGAAAUAGAAAGAGAUUGUGAUUACCAUUUA